AUGUGUGCGAGAGCAGCUGCGGCAGUGGAGGCACAGGGGGAGAAGAUGAGGCAGAUUGUUGACAGGGCUCUUCAGAGAGCAGCAGAGGCUGCUGCUGCUGCAGGUGGAGGAAAGGGAGGGGGCGCUGGUGCUGGGGCUGCUGUGAGGCGUGGCAGCAAUGGGAAUGGGGGACGAGGGUCGAAGAAGGCGGAGGUGCAGUUGAAGGAGAUGGGUGGAGGUAAGCGGAUGGCGCAGUGGCAACCGGUGCAGCUGAUUCUUGAUAGCGCCAUACAGGCACUGCCAUGGGAGGGUCUGCCUUGCCUGGCCCAGCAGCGCAUCUACCGCCUGCCUUCCUUCACUGCUCUGCUCUCCCUGCUCGCGCACCACCAGCAUGCUGGUCUGCCUGGGAAGCACCAGCAGACGCAGCAGCAAGGAAGGAUGAUGACAGGGGAGAGGAAGCAGGGUGGCGGGGUGGGUGGGAGUGGGAAGGCGGGGCAGGGAGCAGAGGGGCAGGUGCGGGUGAGUGUGGACGCGAGGAGUGCGUUCUACCUGCUGAACCCGUCUGGGGACCUCAAGUCCACUCAGGGCACGUUUGAGGCGUGGUUCAAGCAGCAGCGCACGUGGAAGGGCAAGGUGUGUGAGGCGCCAUCAGAGGAGGAGUUUAUGAAGGCACUGGAGCACUACAGCCUCUUUGUUUACUGCGGCCACGGCAGCGGUGAGCAGUACCUGCAUCGCUCAUACCUCAAGAAGCUCUCUCGCUGUGCGCUCUCUCUCCUCAUGGGCUGCAGCAGUGCUCGCCUCUCCCCCCGUGGGGACUACGAGCCCCUGGGCGUACCACUCAACUACCUGGCUGCUGGCUGCCCUGCCAUCGUGGGUAACCUGUGGGACGUCACAGAUGGGGACAUUGACAGAUACUCACAGCGGAUUCUGGAAAGCUGGGUUGGGAAGGCUCGGGUGGUGGGGUGUGGGAGUGGGGUUGGGGAGAGGGAGAAGCGUGGGGGUGGUUCGUGUGAGUGA